CUUAGGGUAUGUAUAUUGCAAACUCCGGGUUCCGGGCGCGCACGGGUCGAGCCGCGGGGUGUGAGCCGCGCGGGCCGCCGUAGUCAGCUGCUGCGAGCAGGAAGUGUCCGAGCUGCGGGUGGAGACUGCACCAUGGCCCCGGACCCCUGGUUCUCCACCUACGAUUCUACCUGCCAAAUUGCACAAGAGAUUGCUGAGAAAGUUCAGCAGCGAAAUCAGUAUGAAAGAAAUGGUGAAAAUACAACCAAGCUUACCGUGACAAUCAGAGCUUUGUUGCAGAAACUGAAGGAAAAGAUCGCCCUUUUGAAGGACUUAUUGCUAAGAGCUGUGGCAACACAUCAGAUAACACAGCUCGAAGGAGACCGAAGACAGAACCUCUUGGAUGAUCUUGUAACUCGAGAGAGACUACUUCUGGCCUCCUUUAAGAACGAGGGUGCAGAACCCGAUCUUAUCAGGUCCAGCCUGAUGACUGGAGGGGCCAAGCGAGGAGCACCCAACCCUUGGCUCUUGGAGGAGCCAGAGGAGACCAGAGGCUUGGGUUUUGAUGAAAUCCGGCAACAGCAGCAGAAAAUUAUCCAAGAACAGGAUGCAGGCCUCGAUGCCCUUUCCUCGAUCAUAAGUCGCCAGAAACAAAUGGGGCAGGAAAUUGGGAACGAGCUGGAUGAGCAAAACGAGAUAAUUGAUGACCUUGCCAACCUGGUGGAGAAUACCGAUGAGAAACUUCGCACUGAAACCAGGCGUGUGAAUCUGGUGGACAGGAAGUCCACGUCUUGUGAGCGCGGCGACAGCCUGAUAGUGAAGAGUGUGGGGUCCAGAGGUUGGACUCACAUCCCAGCUUCACCAUUCACCGGCCGUGUGACCUUGGGAAAUCCCCUGUGCCUUGAUUUUCCCAUCUCCAAAAUGGGAAUAAUAAUGCCUUCCCAAGCCCGGUAUUUCCCUUGGCAUUCUCCAAGAGGUCCGUAUAGUUAUUGGCAAAUGCGAAGCGCAGUGAUGCGAGGCUUCCAGAAGUUUGUUGCAGCUUUUCAGCACUGAGCAAAUCAGUCACUU